AUGAAACGGAGCAAUUUAUGGACGUCGGGGAAUGUAUCAUCGUCUCCGUGCUCAUCUUCACCUUGCCAGAAUGGUGGGACUUGUUACACGAGUUCUUCUGGGGAUCAAUUCUACUGCAAUUGUCCUGAAGGCUUUCAAGGAACUACAUGUGAAACAUACGUAUUAUCAAAUCCGUGCUUACAUUCACCUUGCCUGAAUGGUGGGUCAUGUUACAAUGGUUCUUCUGGGGAUCGAUUCUUCUGCGUUUGUCCUGAAGGCUUUCAAGGAAUUAGAUGUGAAACAGUAUCAUCGUAUCCGUGCUUACCUUCACCUUGCCAGAAUGGUGGGACUUGUUACACGAAUUCUUCUGGGGAUCAAAUCUACUGCAAUUGUCCUGAAGGCUUUCAAGGAAUAACAUGUGAAACAUACGCGUGCAAUUGCUACACCGACUCAACCGGUAAACCGAACGACUGUGAGGUUUCAGCAGAGUGUGACGUUGCUGACAUCCUAGAAGUCCUGGCACAGAUCGUGGUGAAUGAAACCAAUGUUCUUCCAGUGUCCGCUACGCUGAAGAACGCGACAUCGAGUUUAAUCAACACAGGGGAUGAGCUCUCUCUGACGGCAACGGUUCUUGAGAAUAUAGCAAAUGUAACCAGUCCAAGCCUCCAGGUGACCGUAAACGUUGUCAAGACGGUCGACAACGUUCUCAAUCUCCGUAACGAAAUCUUCGAAGAGAAUGAUGAUGCUGCUGGAAGGAUCCUCCAAACCUUCGAGACACAGCUGACGUACGUCAGGGAAAACCUGACCAUGGUCGACAACCUGUCGAACCUAGCUGUCGAUGUCGUCAUACUUGGCCCAGAUUUAGACACCGAUUCCGGCAUAAGCUACGCUAGCAUCCCCAGAAGCGGGAAGGUCGAUGACACCCUGAAGAACAAUGAGGGUCAGUUGAGUUCGGUGACCGAACCACGGGAUGACGCUGAAGCAUUCAUUGGUCUUCCCGGAGAAGCUCUGAAAUUGGAUGAUGAACAAGGUUCCAUGGUAAAUUUGCCUGUUGUUUUCGCCGUGUACCUGACCUCCAAGCUAUUCCAGUUAGCCACACCCGAGUCGCUAAGCUUUCCUGACGGAAGACAACUGGUAGUGAACAGUCGCAUCAUAUCAGCUAUCGUCGGAGACCGAGAUCAAAUCAUUGAAAACCUGAUGAGCCCUGUUGUAACGUCUUUCAUUUCUCUGGACGCAUCACUUACAGGUGAGUCAAUCUGUGUCUUUUGGGACACUGCUGCUAGCAACUGGUCCACCGAGGGAUGUACUCGGUCCACGGUCAACCCUGGUCAACGUUUCGUAGCCUGUGACUGCAAUCACCUGACUAACUUCGCUAUUCUACUGAGUUAUUAUGGUGACAUUGACAACUUUGCGUUGGACAUCAUCAGCAAGGUCGGGUGUGCAGUAUCGAUCGGGGCGCUGCUUCUGACUAUUAUGGCCUGUUUGGUGCAUCGUGAGCUUAGAAACAACCCAGCCAAGAAGUCAUUCAUCAACCUGUGCGUAUCCCUGCUGGCCUUGUACGCGGUCUUUCUGGCCGGUAUAGACCGGACUAAGCCCCCGGUCACCUGUGUCAUCAUGGCCGCUCUGAUCCACUACUUCUUUUUGACCUCCGUCUGCUGGGCCUCGGCCGAGGCGCUGAAUCUUUUCUACCUGCUUGUCAUCACGCGCAGGGGACUGAUGACUGGAUAUCUGUUGAAGAUGCUGCUGUUCUGUUGGGGUAUCCCGAUGGUGAUCGUGGCCUUGACGUUCGUGGUGCCGUAUUUGGUCACUGGACAGUGGGAACUCGAGGGCGAAUACUGCUUCUUAACACCUGGCAACGCACUCUACUUCGGCGUCUCCCUCCCAGUUGGUACGAUGCUGCUCUUCAACGUCUUCAUCUUCAUCCUCCUCGUGCGUCGUCUCGUCUGUCAGCGCAUCGAGUCCUCAGUAACCCGCCGUGAGACCCACCUAGAUGCCUCCAUCCGUCACGGUAGACUCAUGCUACCCAUAAGCCUACUGCUGGGGGCGACUUGGUUAGUCGGGUUCCUGGCGGUUGAGGGGACUACCUACGUCUUCCAGUGGAUCUUUGCCGUUCUCAACUCACUCCUUGGCCUGGCUAUCUUCCUGCUCUUCAUCGUCGGGAAGAAGACGGGGAGGAAAGGGCUUGGGAAGCUGAUCUGCGUCGAUCAGAUCAGGAAGAUGACAAGCACCCAGUCAUCAUCUGUAAUCCGUGGAAGCACGCCCCAUGGCGUUGGUGUCGCAUCAACAUAACUGAUACAAAUGACAAGAUAUCCACAUUGAGACGAUUGGAUGCAAGACCUGCCCCCUCAAAAACAAAAUUUACAUUUGGAUGAGAUCACUAUGCAAAGCUUCAAAUUGGCAGAAAUUGAAAACAAAAACCUACAAGUUCAAGUAUUUCAUUAAUGUGAUGCAUGAAUAAUUGUACACUGAUAUAACUCUGUCUGCAGGUUGACUAGAUUAUGUUAUGUAAUCUUGUAUAAAGAGUUCUUUUCUUUCGCGUACAUAUUCACCACUUUAUCAUUUAAUUAGAGUUAGAC